AUGGCAUCCCGCGCAUUAUUCGACCCUCUCACUCUCCUCCGUCUCGCCCCCAUCAUCAGCAGCACCGCCUCCCUAGCACUAGCCUGGGACCAGCACUGGAUGUUACGCAUCUUCACCCUUCCCGAGCUCGAGCGCGACAGCGCUCAAUACCUGCCCAAAUGGUUCUCCGCCUUCUUCCGCGCCGGCUUACCGAGCAUGUUGGCUUUUCUCUCGGUCACCGUGGCGACAGCGACAGUCAAUCUCUGCACUACAGAGAGUCUAUUACUCAAGCAACGGGGUUCUUACUACUGGUAUGUGGCCGGGGCGGCGCUGGCUGCGGGACAUCUGCUUUUGUUCCAGCUGUGGCGCCGAGGAUUCAGGCCAUUGUUGCGGACGAGGGCAAAAAGGGAAGUCGGUGGCAGAGCUGAGGAGGUGGUUGAGGGUUAA